AUGGAUGAGAGUGAGCCAGAGGUCCACCUUGGAGCAUCAGCUGUUCCAGACCCCCCACAAUGGCUACAGGCUGUGCUGUCACAACAAAAUAAGCAACUUCAACAUGCCAUUUCACCUUUGCUACAAAGAUUGGAAGCAACAGAGGCUAGUUUGUCUGCCCUUAUGCAGCGGCCCCAUGCCAGUAAGGUAACACGUGGUCCCCACCAACAUGAUGACUCUUCCUCAUUUGCAGCUGCCCCUGAUAGAACCCUUAUGACAGAUGGAGAUGCUACAGGGCCUUCAGAUGCGGAACAGCUUUUUGCUGCAGAGCUCGCAGUCAUUGAUAGACACGUACGUAGCCCAAUUAGUCCAACUUCCUCCACACCUGGCCCUGAUGUAAGACCUAGAAGCCGUGCACAGGUACCCAGCCAUUAUAAUGGCUCUUUCAACUUGGGUCAAAACACGCACACACCUUUAAAUGCUGCAGCGCCCACCCAUCACCACCCAACCCCUCGUGGUAGAGCUUCAGAUGGACCUAAAGCUAAACUUGACACUUACGAUGGUAAGGAUGACUGGGACUCCUUCAUUAUUCCUUUUGAGCGCAGAGCUGUCAUUUACAGAUGGAGUGCAGUAGAGAGAGUGGAUAAGCUCCAUGAAUGUCUACGGGGAGCUGCUGUCAGAUAUCUGUGCUCAUUACCCGAACACAUACGUGAAGAUUACUUUCUUUUGAAAGAACAGCUGGCUUUCCGAUUUGGCCAGAAAGAACCUCCCACCACAGCACGGAGGAGACUUGGAGAACUGCGCCAGUCUAAAGAAACUGUUUCAGAGUUCGCAGAGGAGGUUCACAGGCUGGUCAUUUUAGCUUAUCCUGGAGUUGACACUGAGCUCAGGGAACAAAUUGCUGCUGAUGCUUUUCUCAAAGGGCUGCGCAACCAGAAAGUGGCAUACGAGGUUAUGAACCGUGACCCUGUAUCGCUGGAUGAGGCACAACGGCUAGUAUCAUCUUAUGAACACAAUUUCAAAGCCACACUCGGACGAGACUUUGAUCUGAAGGGGAGGACACGUCGAGUAUCCUGGGCUGAUCAAGACAUGGACUCUGAUGAGGAGGCACCUGCCUUACAGUCACGUAGAGUGCAGUCACAGCCUGGUUAUGUUACACAGCACCAGUUACAAACACUCAUUGAUAAAGUUGAUAAACUGCAAUUAGCCAUAGCCCGCCUGCCUCCUUCCUCUUCUGUUGUUCUUCCUUCUACCGUAAGACCCACUCAACAAAUAAAUUCCAGUAAGGCAGUUCAGUCAGAAAGAGGACGUGCAGCUCAAGUCAAGUCAAGCAGAUACAGACAUCAAAAUACCAGCCCCACCAGAACUUCUAGCGGGCCAUGCUUUCAGUGUGGGGAGGAGGGACAUUUCAAACGAAACUGCUCACGGUCCCCCAGUCCAUCUGCAAGUCCCCCUACAAAUAAUGUUGCCAAAAUGGAGCCCUCAAAUCAAAGUCACUCUGAACAUGCAGAGCAGAGUCCGUCUAUUGUACAUGUGAGCAGAGCUGAGAGUCGAGGGCCCAGUUUAAUGAUUUCACUGACUGUCGAUGGCAUACCAGUUAAUGCUGUUAUAGACACGGGUGCUGAGGCUACGAUAAUGUCUGAAGAGACGUACAGCAAAUUACCUGCCAAAUCGCCUUCAGGACUGAAAAAUGUGUGUCUCCGAAAUGCAGAAACUGGAAGGGAGAUACGACCCAAACCCAGAACUCCGGCUGUUCUAGAGCCCGUUACCCUGGCUGAUGGAGUGUCGUCAGGCAGCAUCAUGAUUAACAUGGAACGGAGGAUCCCAGUCAGGCUAUGCAAUGUCACAGCUUCCAGUAGGCCCUUAUUACGGGGAGUCUGUUUGGGUGUGCUUAUCGAAGCAUAUCCAGACGCUCAGGAGGAGGGAGAGAUAGCGCACAUGGUUCCAGGUGAUGCUACAUUGUAUGCAAAAGACAGGAACUCAACGACACAAUAUCCUGCCAAUGAGCCUCCUGGUGAGCAUCACAUAAGAAGGGUGUCUUCACCAAACGCUCUAGACCUUCCUGAGCACCUCAGACAGUUGUUCACUGGCGCGAGUGAAACCCUUACUGAGCAGCAACAAGUGAUGUUAGUAGCUCUGCUGAGUGAAUAUCAAACAGUCUUUGCGGCAACUGAUGAUGACCUUGGGAAGUUCUCUGCUUUGCAGCACAGCAUAGACACAGGAGUGUCUAAGCCUGUUCGACAACCAGUACGACGUACCCCUUUAGGGUUUUGGAAUGAGGAGGAAACACAUCUCAAGAAAAUGCUGGAUUCAGGUAUCGUUGUCCCCUCAAGCUCAGAAUGGGCUUCCCCUAUUGUCCUUGUAAGAAAAAAGGAUGGGGGGGUCCGCUGGUGCGUAGAUUAUCGCCAGCUUAAUGAUCUUACCAUAAAGGACGCAUAUCCCCUACCAAAAAUAGAGGAAUGCCUGGAUGUGCUGGGUGGUGCAAAGACAUUCUCAACACUUGACCUUCAGUCAGGAUAUUGGCAGAUUGAAAUGAAUAGAAAAGACAGAUCCAAGACUGCUUUUGUGACGAGGUAUGGGCUAUAUGAGUACACCAGAAUGCCAUUUGGGUUGUGUAACGCACCCAGCACAUUCCAGAGGGCCAUGGAGUUGGUUCUACGAGGGUUGCAGUGGGACACCUUACUGAUCUACCUUGAUGACAUAAUCAUUUUCGGUGAAGAUGUGGAACAGUGUAUGGAGCGGCUUGCAGAGGUUUUUCAGAGGUUGCAGGAAUAUGGACUAAAGCUGAAACCCUCGAAAUGCCACCUGCUAAGAGAUGAGGUCCUUUUUCUUGGUCACGUUGUGAGUGGCGAAGGAAUUAAGACCAAUCCAGCCCUCAUUGAUGACGUUAGGAACUGGAAGACCCCAACCAGUGUCCAGGAACUCCAGUCUUUCCUCGGUUUGUGCAACUAUUACAGGAGGUUUGUUGCCAAGUUUGCUGAAAUCACCACACCCUUGACGAUGCUGCUCAAGAAAGGGAGUUCCUUCUUCUGGGAAGAGGAGCAGAAAAAGGCCUUUGAACAUCUUAAAAGGAGCCUCACAACUGCACCCAUUUUGGUGUUCCCAAUUACAUCUGGACAGUUUGUCCUGGACACUGAUGCGUCCAACCAGAGCAUUGGAGCAGUUCUCUCACAGUUGCAGUGGGGGGAAGAGAAAGUUAUCUCAUUUGCCAGCUGUCUCCUCACACCAGCUCACCAGAGGUACUGUGUCACACGUAAGGAACUUCUAGCAGUUGUCAGGUUCACAAGACAGUUCCGCCAUUAUUUGCUGGGGUCUAACUUCUUACUCAGGACGGAUCACAGCAGUCUAACGUGGCUAUACAGGUUUAAGAGACCAGAGGGCCAACUGGCUAGGUGGCUUGAAGAACUCAGUCAGUACAAUUUCAUCAUCGAGCAUAGGCCAGGUACAUAUCAUUCCAACGCUGAUGCUCUGUCUCGAAUGACUCUGAAUGAAGAACCUUGUGACUGUUAUCAAGCAGGAAGAGAGCUAGAUAGCUUGCCAUGCAAGGGCUGUCGCUUCUGCCGGAAGCUCCACCAUCAAUGGGCCAGAUUCGAGGAAGAUGUCGAUGAUGUCAUUCCCUUGGCGGUGAGACGCAUACACUCCCUUGACCGUCAGAAUGAGGAUAGUUGCGCUAACACUCCCAGUGAUGUAGAUGAAGUAGGUGAUGACAACCCAGGUCCUUCCUCAAACUGGCUGCAACCGAUGAGUUCGCAAAGUCUCAGGGAAGAACAGUUAGCUGACCCAGACCUUUCAGUUCUCCAUAAAUGGAUGUCUGAUGGCUAUUUGCCUGCUAAGGAAGAGGUCAUGAUGCAUAGCCCAGCAGUUCGCAAAUACUGGCUGUGUUGGUCUCAAGUAGAGAUGCGAGAUGGGGUCCUCUAUUACCGGUGGGAUGAUUUAAAUGGAGGUAUGUCAUCUCUGCGCUUACUUGUUCCUGUUUCCCUGAAAAAUGAGGUUCUCCAAUCCUGUCACAAUCCAGCUCAAGCAGGUCAUUCAGGGGAGAUAAAGACGCUUAUGCGGCUCCGCAGGUGUUACCAAUGGUACAAUAUGGGGAACGAUGUACGCCUUUUCGUGAAGAAGUGCCUACAGUGUAGUUCCUGUAAGACAACAAGUCCCAUGGGGAGGGCCAAGCUCCAGAGCUACCAGGCUGGAGCACCUAUGGACCGACUCCACCUUGAUAUCCUAGGACCAUUUCCAGAAUCCAAGUCAGGCAACAGGUACAUCCUCGUUAUAAUUGAUCAGUUUACUCGCUGGGUAGAGGCAUUUCCUGUCCCCGAACAAGGAGCUGAGACAACAGCAAAGAGAUUGGUGUUUGAUUUCAUCUCACGUUUUGGGGCUCCCCUUGAGAUUCACACUGACCAAGGACGGAACUUUGAGAGUUCGCUGUUCAUGGAGGUUUGUCGCCUGUUACAAGUAACCAAGACCCGGACCACACCAUAUCAUCCGGCCUCGAACGGGCAAGUGGAAAGAUUCAAUAGAACGCUCUUGCAGAUGAUACGGUGUUAUGUGGACCAAAGUCAACGGAAUUGGGAUGAACAUCUUCCCUUACUCACUGCAGCAUACAGGAGCACUGUACAUUCAGCAACGGGUUUCACACCAAAUCAGCUGAUGCUGGGGCGAGAUGUUUUCCAGCCACAUGACAUCUGGCUAAGGACGGCUGAGGUUACCAGGGAAGCUAAAAGUACACCUGAGUUUGUCCAAGAACUGCAAGCUAAUCUGCAGCAGGCUCAUCAAGUAGCGCGUCAGAACUUGCGCACCGCUCAGACUCGCCAGAAAAAGGUCUAUGACUUACGAGCCAGAGAGAAGUCCUAUCAAGUAGGUGAUCUUGUGUCAGUGAGGGUCAGUAGCAGGAGAAAGGGCUACAGUCCAAAACUCCAACCCCCAUGGCAAGGGCCUUUGGUCGUCACAGCACGCCUUGGACCAGUGCUCUACCGAGUCAGGGACAGACGAAGUGAGAAAGUACUGCAUCAUGAUCGCUUACAACCCUAUCUAAGUGACCACAUACCUGCCUGGAUGCAGCGUCUGCGACACAAAUACACCUGCAUCGAGGAAGGCUCACUGAUUCCAAUAAGUGCUCAGGUACCUGUUGCCACAGGGGCAGAAGCACCAAACCCUUCAUCCUCUGCCAGCACUGUGCCGGAAGAGCCUCGGACCCUUCUUGUAACGGAUUCUAACUGUGACCCUAAUCCCUGUGGAAAAGAGGGGAUGAAGACAAAACGGGGGCGACUUGUUCGAGCCCCAAGUCGUUAUAUGGACUAACAAAGGAAAUAGAAGACAACAAAAAGUUAAUUGUUCCCCUCAAGAGAUGCAGAAGGGACUCUGCAGAGCUAAAAAAAAAGGGGGGUGGUGUUAUAGUGUUAGUUAAAUAAAUACAUAGUUUGUUACAGUUAUUUUACAUGUAUACGUAAUGUGUUCUUAUUAGCCAAUCAGAUGUUGUUGCGUCAUUACGUAGGGAUUAAUUCACUGCUUGUUUACGUUUAGCGUCAGUAUGCUCGCAGGCUCCGGUGCAGAUGGUCGAAUAUAACCCAUCGGCGCUGGGCAAGAGCAUACAAACACAGUUGAUGUAAAGUUGUGUCUGAAUAAGUUCAGUAAAGUUCCUGAACGGACUCUCUUUGUUGUGUGCUUCUCUUCACGCCUCCACGGACACUGUAUCCAGCUUAACACGAGAAAG